CUAGUUCUCGUUUUUUCAACCCUAGUCGAAAGCCUUCUCUCUCUAACUCUCACGCACAGACGUGUCUUAGGGUUAGGGUUUUUGAGUUAAGAGUCCCCAAAAAUGCAAGGCAUGGAUCCAACGAAGAAACGGAAGCUGGAUGAAAACGGGAUCGUUUCAACCCAAUCGGAACCCGACCCGAUCACCAAACUAACGCCACAAGACGGCCGCAAACUAAUCGAGCGAUUCUCCGUCGACCAACUCCUCGACAUCCUCCAAGACGCCGUGUCUCGCCACGUGGACGUCCUUGCUGUCGUUCGAUCUGUAGCCGACCAAGACCCGGCUCAACGGAAGCUCUUUAUCCGCGGCUUGGGUUGGGAUACUACCACUGACGGCCUCCGUUCACUCUUUUCCGUCUAUGGGGAACUCGAGGAAGCGGUUGUUAUUCUCGACAAGGCCACUGGGAAGUCAAAAGGGUAUGGAUUCGUUACGUUCAAGCAUGUCGAUGGUGCUUUGCUUGCUCUCAAAGAACCCAGUAAGAAAAUCGACGGGAGAGUCACGGUGACCCAGUUGGCGGCGGCGGGGAAUUCGGGGACUAAUAAUAACCCUGUGGAUGUUCAUAUGAGAAAGAUUUAUGUAGCCAAUGUGCCGUACGAUAUGCCGGCUGAUAAGUUAUUGGGUCAUUUUGCUCAGUAUGGGGAAAUAGAAGAGGGUCCUUUGGGAUUCGAUAAGCAGACGGGGAAAUCAAGGGGAUUUGCUCUUUUUGUUUAUAAGACGGCGGAAGGGGCUCAGGCUUCAUUGGUGGAGCCAGUGAAGAACAUUGAUGGGAGACAAAUGAAUUGUAAGUUGGCUAUUGAAGGGAAAAAGGGGAAGCCAGGACAAGAUGGGAUGAUGCAAAGUGGGGGUGGCGCUCCAGGGAAUGCUGAGAUGGGGAUUGGAGGGCAUGGGGGAGGAUAUGGUGGGCCUGGUGGACCGGCCGGUUUGGCUGGUUACGGUGGGUAUUCUGGUGGGUUGCAAGGGCCGCCGGGUCCAAUGGGGCAGCCUCAUCACUUGAGUUCAUCAGGAGUUGGAGUGGGAGCUUUGACUGGGAGUGGAGGAGGUGCUGGUAGUGGGGGGUAUGCUUCUGGGCUUGGUGGGCUGUAUGGUGGGUACGGUGCUCCUGGUUCAACUGGCUAUGGGUUAAGCGGUGCUGGUGCGGGGAGUGGGUUGACUGGUGCUGGUGGAGGGUCCUCGUUGUAUAGGUUACCGCCAAGUUCUGUCGGGAUGCCAACAGGUGGAUAUCCGGAGAGUGCUCAUUAUAGCUUGUCUUCGUCAUCUGCUUUCCCUAGUCAGCAUCACCAAGGAUCUGGGACAUCCCCUGUGCCAAGAGUUCCACCUGGUGGAAUGUAUCCAAAUGGACCACCUUUCUACUGAGGUUUAUGACAGCUUGUUGGGCGCAGAUGCUUUUUGUGGUUCUGGUGAUUGCGUGAAUGCAGACUAUUUAUACUCUGGCUUGAUGAAUGUAUUAGCUGGGCUUUUUAACAGCCACUUCUCUUGAUCUGAGCCUUUAAGAUGUUUAUUUCUUAGUGCUGGUUGGCAAAACUUGUGAUCUAGACUAGUUUUCUAUGUUUUAUGAGGAACCUAUUUUCCAGUGGGGCCUUUUAGUCAUUAGUAUAGUUUUAAUAAUAUAAGUAGUGACAAAAUCUUUCGCCUAUUUUUUGCUAGUGUCUAUGGUUGUUGCUGUAUCUUCUCUACUUGGAAGUUUAUUUCUAUGUUCUUUGAUAUUGCUAUUCAUGUUAAUUUUUCUAUUAUGUACUCUGAUGGAAUAUAUUAAAAACAAACAUGCAGCUUAGUUAUAUUGAAAUUAAUUGUAGCUUUUUAUUUUGAUAUGUAAAUUAAUGGAUGUAGAUAACCUGCUUCAAAAUAUAUAUAUAUAUAUAUAUAUAUUACUAUCAUUUUUAUUAUAUAAAUGAGUUUUACUGCAUCAGCUAAAUAAUACCCAUUUCCAAUGUAAUUAAUUGCAAUCUUGUUACAACUUUUGCUGUACCUAUCAUAAUAAUGUGUUAAAUUGCCACCAAAGACGUCUACAAGAUUUUUGUGUCAUCAUUUUAUUAUUUAGUGGCAAGAGUUUUUGCUAGUCUUCUUCUGAUGCUUUCUCGAUGUGCUUAUCAUCAAGUGGAGGUGUUUCUGGUUUCCUGAAAUGUGUAUACAAUUGGUGUUGUCGUGUUGUGCUCACAUAACAUGGACUUUUGAGCGGUUCUUGUUUCACUGAAGAAUCUAUUGAUGUGGGAGCAGCAAGUAUCUCAUUAAGUUUGCCGAUGAUUUGUCGCUUAUUUCUUUUAAUUUAGUGUUGCUAAUUGUUGAGUGUUGAUGUACAUAAUUGACAGUUUGAUUGUAUUAUCAUCUGUUUGGCCUUAGUUGGGUUUUGUUGGCUUUGUAAAUGAACUCUUGCUUUGACUUUUCCGAUUCAUUGGUAACAGUUUUACCACCCUUUGCUGCAACUGUCUGUGGUGGCUGUCUUUGUUGGUCACCUUAUUUGUUAUUCGCAGUGGAGUAAUGGACUAUGUGAUCUGUUGUAUUACAUUAAA